CUCCAGGAGGAGGUGCCUGUCUCCAGGCGGAGGAGGUGCCUGUCUACAGGAGGAGGUGCCUGGCUCCCCAGGCUGAUGGCGUCCAUGUAUAGCGGCGGCUCCCACACCCUGAGCAAAGAUGAUGUGAAUUACAGGAUGCAUUUCCGAAUGAUCAACGAGCAGCAGGUGGAGGACAUCACCAUCGACUUCUUCUACAAGCCGCACACCAUCACUCUGCUGACAUGCACUGUGCUCAGCCUCAUGUACUUCGCAUUUGCAAGAGACGAUGGAAACCCAGACAGUAAUAUCUGGGUGGGGGUUAUCCUGGUCAUAUCCUUCUUCCUAGUCAUCAGUGUCCUGGCCUUUCCGAACGGGCCGUUCACCAGGCCACAUCCUGCAAUAUGGCGCAUGGUUUUUGGCUUGAGUGUCCUCUACUUUCUCUUCCUGGUGUUCAUCAUAUUCUUCAACUGGGACCAGGUUAAGCAGCUCAUGUAUUGGUUAGACCCAAACCUACGCUAUGCUAAGCGAGAGGCCGAUGUUAUGGAGUAUGCUGUGAACUGUCAUGUGAUCACCUGGGAGAGGAUCCUAAGCCACUUUGACAUUUUUGCAUUCAGCCACUUUUGGGGCUGGGGUAUGAAGGCCCUUCUUAUUCGCAGCUAUGGCCUUUGCUGGACCAUCAGCAUCACCUGGGAGCUCACAGAGUUAUUCUUCAUGCAUCUGCUGCCCAACUUUGCGGAGUGCUGGUGGGACCAGGUGAUCCUGGACAUCCUGCUGUGUAACGGAGGAGGCAUCUGGCUUGGCAUGACCGUCUGCCGCUUCCUGGAGAUGAGGACCUACCACUGGGCCAGUAUUAAAGACAUCCACACUACCACAGGGAAGAUCAAGAGGGCCGCCCUCCAGUUCACGCCUGCCAGCUGGACGUAUGUGCGCUGGUUCGACCCCAAGUCUUCUCUACAGAGAGUGACCGGUGUCUAUCUAUUCAUGAUCAUCUGGCAGCUAACAGAGCUGAACACAUUCUUCCUGAAGCACAUAUUUGUCUUCCCAGCAUGCCAUGCGCUUAGCUGGUGUCGGAUCUUGUUUGUCGGAAUAAUUACAGCUCCAACAGUCAGGCAAUAUUAUGCCUACCUUACAGAUACACAAUGCAAAAGAGUUGGAACGCAAUGCUGGGUUUUUGGUGCAAUAGCCUUCCUGGAGGCUUUGGCCUGCAUAAAGUUUGGCCAGGACCUGUUCUCUAAGACCCAGGUCCUCUAUGUGUUCCUCUGGCUCCUGUGUGUGGCCUUCAUUACAUUCCUGUGCCUCUAUGGAAUGGUGUGGUAUGCUGAAAAAUAUGAUCUCAAAGAAAAGGGCUACUCAGACUGGGACGACGGUAAUGAUGCAGACUCUCCAGACCACAUGACUGAAGGAUUUAAAGGAGAUCUUGACGUUGACGAAGACAGCCCUGCAAUAAGAAAUCGUGGAAAAGGCAGUGUAAAGAACAAGUCCAUCAACGGUCUGGAGAGCCAGUAGAGACUGGAGCCAGAGGCUGGUAGGCCUAUCCUGUACUCCCAACCAAAGGAGCUUGGAGGGAAGGGAGGAGGUUGUAAGCAGAAAGAGUUGGAUCACUUCUGGGUGCAUUUCUGUUACCGGGGAGAAUGGGCUGGCCUAUAUAAGAGUUGCAGUGGAGACGGAAGAGGUGUUGGCUAGACGGAUCCAUGCAGUGUUGUUUCAAGCUGUUCUUCUCAGGCUUGUGACCCAUGGGAGUAGACUCCUAUUUGAGCAGUGAAGUCACAGAAACGGGAUCUAUACCACUGAGUGCGCCCGUGUGCGCCCGCACGUGUGCGUGCGUGCGUGCGUGCGUGUGUGUGUGUGUGUGUGCGUGCAUGUGAUUGUGUGCGCGUGCAUGUGAUUGUCCACGUGCCUGCAGUUUGUGAUUUGAAACGGUGAGAAUAUGUCUGUAAUGCAGAUGACAAUGCAGUAUUGUUUAUUCUAGAUUUGAGAGCAUGGUCAUUGUUAUCACAUUUAUCCUUAUGGUACAAAUUAUCAUUCAUAGUUUAUGAGCUCAACUAUAGUUUGUAGUUGUCUUAAACUAUAAAAGGAGGGAGGGUAGUUAAAUAAUAAGUGGGCUGUCUUAAUCAUCUAAUAGCCUUAGAUUUUUGUUUGUGAAGAAAAAGGACUUAUUUUUCUUUUGCUUUGGACUUGACACUCGGAUUGGGACAAGCGUCUGAUAAAAACAAUCUUAUUAUGAAGGGUGAAGAGGUUUGCCUAUGUUUAGCCUGAACCAAGCAAAGCACAGUUUAAGGACUUUUUAAGCAACUUCCCUGAAACUCCACAAGCAGAUCUAUUUUAUCUGAGAUGCUUUACAGUUUGCUUAUUUGUGCAUAUUUGUCGUGAUUUUUUUGUUUGAGGGUUUUGACUCUCCCUGUACACUUAUGGCUGCUAUCUUUUUUCACUGUACUGGUAACAGAGUAAUCAUUUAUAUUUCUGCAUGUCUUCAAUGUGGCUUCUAUUACUAUAUUCACAUUCAUCCUAUUGCCUUCAGUUCAUUGCAUUUGAAUGGCUAAGUAUCAAAUUGAUCCAAGUGAUUUAGGAAUUGGAUGUUAGCCCUCCGUGGAUGUCUGUUUCUCACUGUCAACAGGGGGCACUGGUUAUUUCUGUUUAUGUCCGUCCACUGUCAUUGGAACAUUCUUAAUUCCUGUGUGCUGUGUGCAUGCCCGCUUUUAUCUAAACAUUUCAUCAUUCUCGUAUCCGGGAGGGGUGUUUUAUCUUUCCAAUUCAGUAUCAUCUCGGCACAAACACUGUCCUUUUAAAAGAACCCCAGACAAUCCAGAUCUAAUCUUUGUGAAGUGGACCAGUCAUAAGGCUACACUAUGGAAUAGUACAUUUCUCUGGAUAAGGCGUAAUUUGCCAAAACACUCCUAUUUUGAUGACUUGAUGUUGGUUGUUUUCACUGUGAUUUAAGAAAAUAUUAAAGUUUUACAUUUCCU